AUGUACGAUGCCCACAUUCCGUCUGACCCCAAGCCGUGCAAUGGUUGCAUCUGGCACAGAUUCUCCUUCCCUUGUAGGCACUCGCGGCAUGUAUGGCAGUUACUACGACAGUACACCGCGACGUACAUGCCUGUAGUGAUCUUCGGAUACUUCUCCGCGACUGCGCUGCCUAACUCUGCGACAACCCCAGCACCCUCAUGUCCCAUCGUGAAGGAAUCGCUUGUGAGAGCUUCUAGGUUGAUCGCAUCUCGAUGGUAUAAGGCAGAAACGUCGGAGUGA